GUUGCUUCUGCUGCGCAGAUAAGAAAACAUUUAACAUCGGUUUCAUUCGAUUCAUUCAUGAGUGUAACCUCGAUAAGGAAUAAAUGUUCUGUUAAAUAAUAUUGAUUUUCAUUCCCAAUUAUAUUAUUGGAACCUAAAUAUAUAUAGAUACAUAAGUAUUAGUGAAAUACAUCACAAGUGGCGACGAGGAAAAGUGAAUUAACAAAUUCAAAUAAUUUUUGUUCUUUACAACAUGGCCGAAUCUCCGAUAUCAAGUAUCGGACAUUUACGGGAGUUCGAUCCUGCCAUUUCGGAAUGGUCCAUAUUUAAAAGAAGAAUUGACAAUUAUUUCGUUGCAAAUUCGAUCACGGACGAAAAACGAAAAGGAGCCAUCCUGUUGAAUGUCCUUAACGAAGAAGCUUACAAGCUAGUAUUUAAUAUGUGCUUGCCGGAGGAACCAGAAAUUAAAACAUACAAAGUUCUCAGUGAAUUACUCACUAAUCAUUUCAAACCGAGUGAAAGUGUAUUUGCUGCACGAUACAAAUAUUAUACAGCUAAGAAGGUGUCAACAGAAACUGCAAAAGAAUGGGCAGCUCGUCUAAGAAAUUUUGCAGCUCAGUGUCAAUUUAAUAAUUUACAACUAGAAAUGGUUCUGAGGGAUGUGUUCAUAGUCAACUACGACAAGGGAAGUGUUCAAGAUCGUCUUCUGGAAGAAAAAAAUUCAGUCACUUUCGCUGAAAUGGUGGAAUUAGCAUCAGCAAAAUCUGCGACGCAGUCAUCGAUGAAUAACUGGGAGAAUUUCAUGAAGAAAGAAGUGGAUUUGCAUUACGCAGGUACACAGCCAUGUCAGAGUGUACCUAAGGAGCGAAGUUCACCGGAUCAAGGAUCGUCAGGAACAUCGACCACCAGCAAUCAACAGAACAAAUGCGAAGUCUGUGGAAGACGGAACCACUCAAAAGAUAAGUGUUUUUAUCGCAAUUGUCUCUGUCACAUCUGUAAUAAAAAAGGUCACCUCGCACCAGUUUGUAAACAGAAACAUCAAAAUUUUCUUCAAUAUUCAAAAUAUAAACAAAAUUUUAUUGAAUCCUCUGAUUGUUCUUUGUUUACUUUGGGGACAUUGCAAAAUGAUCCUAUCAAUGUUGAAAUUUUAAUUCAAGGUAUUCCUUAUACAUUUAGCUUAGAUACGGGUUCAAGUUUCACUGUUGUUUCUGACUCAUUUUAUUCAAAGAAUUUUGAAAGAUUUUCAUUAAAAAGCACGAAAAAAAGGUUUAAUCUUUACAAUGGGGAAUAUAUUGUACCUUUAGGCUAUUUCACUUGCGAAAUUGUUUUUCAAAAUAAAACAAAGGAAAUCAAUAUUUACGUGAUAAAAGAUGCAUGUGGACCGCCACUUUUAGGAAGAGAUUUUUUCAAUAUUUUUCAGUUAAAUAUAUCUUCUUUGAAUUACGUGAAUGUUCCAGAUGAUUUACAGUUUCUCUUUAGUAAAUAUAAACGUUUUUUUGAACCUGGAUUGGGAACAUUCACCAAAGGAAAAAUUUCAAUCAAAUUAAAAUCUGAUGGAAUAACACCUAAAUUUUUUAGGGCUAGACCUCUCCCAUUCGCCAUGAAGGAGAAAGUUGAACAGGAACUAGAAAGGUUACUGAGUUUAGGGGUCAUCGAACCAGUUGAUUAUUCACCGUGGGGAACACCAGUGGUGCCCGUCCUAAAAAAAGAUGGUUCAGUAAGACUGUGUGGAGAUUUCAAGAGUUGGGAAAUGUAACAUGGAAACGUCACCUGGAUCAGAUUAUUCCGAUGUCUUCUGAAGCUUUGGCACUUCCGGUUAAUAGCGAGUUGGUUGAUCCAGAUGAGGUUUCUCAUGAGAAAAAUGAACUGAGUCAGGAAGUAACUGAGAGUUCAGACGAGUUGGUUUCUGAGUAUGGAAGUAAUGUAGGAACGAGACCAAAACGUAAUAUUAGACCUGUAGAGCGUUUAACUUAUUUUUAGAACUUAUAUAUUUGUUAAGAAUAUUGUGAAUUGAUUUUUUUUUGUUGUUGAUAUUUUUAAGGGAGGAAGUAUUGUUAUAUAUUGAUUUUUGUAUGGAAUGUUUUCGGAGUUGCUUCUGCUGCGCAGAUAAGAAAACAUUUAACAUCGGUUUCAUUCGAUUCAUUCAUGAGUGUAACCUCGAUAAGGAAUAAAUGUUCUGUUAAAUAAUAUUGAUUUUCAUUCCCAAUUAUAUUAUUGGAACCUAAAUAUAUAUAGAUACA